CUCGACCUUAGCAAACAUAUUGUAUUCAGGCUAAAAAAGCAGAAGGAUGAGAGAAUAUUCCUUGAUAUGUGUGAGAGAAGACCAGAUACUCUGGGUAUAUGUUUAUCUGGUUCCCCGCUAUCCCUAGCUGUAUUCUACCUAGAGAUAUUCUCUUCUUGGACAGAUACUAAACUCAGGGAAACCUAUAACGGUGGGUUGAACCGGUUUCCAGGAGGUUUAGAUUGGUUAAUCAGUAAUCUUAUGGUUUAUAUACUCUCUGGUUCACCAGUUCCAUCUGCUAGAUUCAUCUUCGAGAAUAGAAACAUUGUGCUUCCGAAUAUACAGGUUCCAACUGCAGUAGCUGUAUACCCCAAGAACCCAUUCCCUUUACCUGGAGGGCUACCAAGGGCUUUUCUACCUAGAAGAUUAAAGAAUAUGGUUCAAUAUACAAGAAUAUUGUUCAGAUAAAAGAAUAUGGUUCAA